AUGUCAGUGGUGGGAUUUGACUUGGGUUUUCAGAGCUGCUAUGUAGCUGUAGCCCGAGCUGGAGGAAUUGAGACAGUUGCUAACGAAUACAGCGACAGAUGUACGCCGUCAUUUGUAUCAUUUGGUCCAAGAAAUCGAUCAAUCGGAGCAGCUGCAAAAAGCCAGGUGGUGACCAACUGUAAGAACACAGUGCAAGGCUUCAAGCGUUUCCAUGGCAGGGCGUUCUCAGACCCAAUUGUUCAGGCAGCCAAGUCCAACCUGGUGUACGACUUGGCACAGAUGCCUUCAGGAGCCACCGGUAUAAAGGUGCUGUACAUGGAGGAAGAGAGAGUAUUCAGUGUGGAGCAGAUAACCGGGAUGCUGCUGACCAAGCUGAAGGAGACGGCUGAAAGUGCACUGAAGAAGCCAGUUGUUGACUGCGUCAUCUCGGUACCAAGCUAUUACACUGAUGCGGAGAGGAGGUCGGUCAUGGAUGCAGCUCAGAUUGCAGGCCUCAACUGUCUACGAUUAAUGAAUGAGACCACAGCAGUGUCUCUGGCCUAUGGAAUCUAUAAGCAGGAUCUUCCAGCUCCAGAGGAGAAGCCCAGGAUAGUGGUGUUUGUGGAUCUGGGCCACUCUGGUUACCAGGUAUCCGUUUGUGCCUUUAACAAAGGAAAGCUCAAGAUUCUGGCUGCAGCUUUUGAUUCUGACCUCGGUGGGAAGGACUUUGACGACAUCCUGGUGAACCACUUCUGCGAAGAGUUUGCAAAGAAAUACAAACUGGACGUCAGGUCCAAACCUCGAGCUUUAGUGCGUCUUUACCAGGAGUGUGAGAAGCUGAAGAAGCUGAUGAGUGCCAACUCCUCUGACUUACCUCUCAACAUUGAAUGCUUCAUGAACGACAUUGAUGUUUCCAGCAAACUGAACAGAGGUCUGUUUGAAGAAAUGUGUGCUGGGCUGCUGGCCAAAGUUGAGGGUCCCCUGCGCAGCGUCAUGGAACAGACCAAACUGAAAAAGGAAGACAUCUACGCCGUGGAGAUUGUGGGCGGAGCCACCAGAAUUCCAGCUAUCAAGGAGCGGAUCUGCAAAUUCUUCGGCAAAGAGCUGAACACCACCCUCAAUGCAGAUGAGGCGGUGGCCCGGGGCUGUGCUCUGCAGUGUGCCAUUUUGUCGCCUGCUUUCAAAGUCAGAGAGUUCUCCAUCACGGAUGUUGUCCCAUACUCCAUUUCCCUAAAGUGGAAUUCAGCUGCAGAGGACGGACUGAGUGACUGUGAGGUUUUCCCAAAGAACCAUGCAGCUCCCUUCUCCAAAGUGCUGACUUUUUACCGGAAAGAGCCCUUCAUGCUGGAAGCCUAUUACAAUAAUAUGAAGGAGCUAAACUACCCUAAAGCAACAAUAGGUGAGUUUCUGAUCCAGAAUGUGGUUCCCCGGGCAUCAGGCGAGAGCUCCAAGGUGAAAGUGAAGGUGCGCGUCAACGUUCACGGUGUGUUCAGUGUCUCGAGCGCGGCUCUGGUAGAAGUCAUAAAAGAGGUGGAAGGAGAGGAGCCGAUGGAGACGGACCAAGGGGUGAAGGAAGAGGAGAGCAAAAUGCAAGUGGACCAUGAAGAUCAGAAACCCCAGGCUGGAGACAACGAAGACAAGAAAUCAGAGGCUGAAGAAAUGGAGACAUCACCAGAGGAUGUCAAGGAAGAGAAGAAGAAUGAUCAGCCUCCUCAAGCCAAGAAAGCCAAAGUAAAAACAAAGACUGUGGAUCUGCCCAUAGAGGGCAAACUGCAGUGGCAGCUUCCUGUUGAAGAACUUAAUACAUUUGUGGAGAAUGAGGGGAAGAUGAUCAUGCAGGACAAGCUUGAGAAGGAGAGAAAUGAUGCAAAAAACAACGUUGAAGAAUACGUGUAUGAAAUGAGGGACAAACUCAACGGCUCACUGGAGAAGUUUGUGAAUGAGGCUGAUCGUAAUGCGUUCUCAUUAAAACUGGAGGACACGGAAACUUGGUUGUAUGAAGAUGGAGAGGACCAACAGAAACAAGUUUACAUUGACAAACUAGCGGAACUGAAGAAAAUCGGUCAGCCCAUUCACGAUAAAUACCUGGAAGCUGAAGAGAGACCAAAAGCAUUUGAGGAGCUUGGCAGACAGAUACAGAUGUACAUGAAGAUUGUUGAAUCUUACAAGGCAAAGGAUGAGCAGUAUGAUCACCUGGAUGAGCUGGAGGUGACUCGGGUGGAUCAGCAGGUCAAUGAGGCCAUGGCCUGGAUGAAUACCAAAAUGAACCAGCAGAACAGCCAGAACCUCACAGUGGACCCAGUGGUGAAAGUAGGAGAAAUCAAGGCCAAGACAAAGGAGCUUUAUGCAUCCUGCAAUCCAGUGGUAACUAAACCCAAGCCCAAGGUGGAGCCUCCUAAGGAGGAGAAAACAGAGAACGGUCCAGUCAAUGGACAGGCUGAACCAGAAAGCCAGCCUGGAAACCCAGAUAAAACAAAACCAACAGCCACACAGCAGGAAACGGCAGAAAACAAGCUCCCUGAAAUGGACAUUGACUAAACUUUUGCUGCUGCCAACUUUUGAGUUUCCCAUCCGUUUGUACCACUUCUCACCUUGUUCAGCCCUUUUCUUCUGAGUUGAUUCUUAAUGACAUGGUAGCCUCUUUUGGAGACGCAGACAACAUCGUCCUUUAUCAGUGCUAUUCAUCAGACUGCCUUCACGGCAUGUGCUUUCUUAUAUUCUUUGAAUACAGAAAUAUUGCAUAAUAAUAAUAAUAAUAUUGAAAUGACUUCCUGAGGGCAGGGAAGUUGUGAGUGUGGGUUGCUAGCUUAGUUCGUGCUGCUUUGAUGAUUGUUUAGCUUUUCCUCAAGAUCUUUAAGCUAAGAAUGUCAGCAAAGUUGAAAUUGUAAAAUAUUGUUUAAAUAAGGUAUCAAAUGCGUUGGUGAAGGGGGCGUCAAUAGUUUAAAGUUGUAAGUGUCAUUUUGUGGGGCGGGGUUUUGUUUUGUUUUGGGGUUUUUUCACCACAAACACUUGUAACUCCUUGGUUAUGAUGUAUUUAGUUCAAAGAAGUUUUCUUCUCUUGUAUGUUGGAUUUAGAUACUAAGAGUUACUGUCAUGCAGUAUUUCACUGUUCUGCUUUUCUCAUUCAAAAGCAAAUGAUCUGUUUGUUCUCUGGUAGCCUUGUUGUUUUAUUUUCUACUCGACAGUGAGAUUGCUGGUGCAACAAAUCUCCUUUUUGGGUGCUGCUGUUGUUGCCACAUCACUGAAAAAUGCAAAAAUAAACCUUAGAACAAAAACUGA